CUACUCCGAAGACUUGUCUGUUGCCUUUGUGACAGGGGUGAGUGUGCUCUGCGGUUGCAGCCGACAUCCUACUGGAGUUGUGGCAAGGUCCUCACUGUCGUAGGCGACAAUGUGGAUCGCUAUUGGAAUUAUCGUCUUGGCCCUGGUUGCGUUUUUGUUGAAAUAUGUUUUCACCACUCCUGGACCGAAUCCCUUUGAGAUAGAUACCCGAGAACCACUGAAGCCAAUUGUGCUCGACCACAAAGUGAAAAACAAAGUUCUAAAACAAGGCUUCUUGGCUAGCAAGGUGCCAGAAAACCUCGAUGCCAUCGUGAUUGGCAGUGGCAUAGGUGGGCUGGGCCUGGCUGUUCUCCUGGCUAAAGUGGGCAAGAAGGUCCUGGUCCUGGAGCAACAUGACCGGGCAGGAGGCUGUUGCCACACCUUCACGGAGAAGGGAUUCGAAUUUGAUGUCGGCAUCCAUUACAUCGGAGACCUGCAGGACCACAAGCCCUUCCGCUGCAUGCUGGACCAGUGCACCAAUGGGCAGCUGCAGUGGGAGCCGCUGGACAACCCCUUCGACAUGGUGGUCAUCGGGCCGCCCGAGAACAGGCGCACGUACCCCAUCUACUCGGGACGCGACCGCUUCCCCGCCGAGCUGAAGAAGUGCUUCCCCGGCGAGGAGAAGGCCAUCGACGAGUACAUGAGGCUGGUCAAGAAAUGUGGGCGAGGUGUGUGGGCCAUGGCCCUGCUCAAGCUGCUCCCGGCGCCCGUAGCCAAAUUCCUGGCCUACACCGGGCUGGCCAAGCGCAUGUCCUACUUCUUCAAGAUGGCCGACUGCAGCCUCACCGACGUGGUCAACGGGCUGACGGAGAACAAGGACCUGAGGGCUGUCUUCUGUUACAUCUUUGGAACCUAUGGAAACAUCCCUAAAGAUGCCAGUUUCUCCAUGCACAGCCUCCUGGUCUGCCACUACCUGAAUGGCGCAUGGUACCCCAAGGGAGGGGCUAGUGAGAUUACCUAUCACAUGAUCCCCAUCAUCGAGAAGGCAGGGGGCGCCGUACUCGUCAGAGCUCCAGUCAACCGCAUCCUCUUCAACGAAGCCAGCGAGGCCAUUGGGGUGAGCGUGCUGAAGGGCAAGGAGGAAGUUCAUGUCCAUGCCCCCAUCGUGGUCUCCAAUGCAGGCAUCUUCAACACUUACCAGAAUCUGCUGCCAAAGGAACUACAGGCAAGGCCAGACAUCCAGAGUCAACUGAGUAUGAUGCGCAAUGGAGAGGGUGGAUUGAGUGUCUUCCUUGGUAUUGACGGAACCAAAGAGGAGCUGGGUCUCAAAGCAGAUAACUACUGGAUCUUUACGGAAAACAACCUGGAUGAACUGUGUGUAAAUUACCUGGAGGGCAAUAGGGAAGAAUCUGCCAAGCAUGUGCCACUGCUCUUUGUGGCGUCCCCGUCAGCUAAAGACUCCACGUGGGAGGAGAGAAGUCCAGGGAAGUCCACCCUAAGCCUGGUGAGCUUGGCCAACUGGAGCUGGUUUGAGGAGUGGAAGGACGGCAAGGUGACCAACCGCGGCGAAGACUACAAAGAGCUGAAGGAGGCCUUCAUCGAGUCAAUUGUGGAAGUGGUCACCCAGAUAUACCCCAAGAUUAAGGACCGGAUAGAGUAUGUGGACUGCGGUACCCCCAUAACGAACCAGUACUACAUUGGCGCUAACAAGGGGGAGAUCUACGGAGCUGACCAUGGCAUGGCUCGCUUCAGCCCAGAGCUCAACGCCACCGUCCGGCCACAGACGCCUCUAAAGAACCUCUACCUCACAGGUCAGGACGUAUUCCUCUGUGGCUUCGCUGGUGGCUUGGCAGGGGCCCUCACCUGCGGCUCCGUCCUGCUCAACCGCAACCUUCACCUGGAUUCCAUCGCUCUCGCCAAGAAGAUGAGAUAUGUCAACGCCAAGAAGGACCAAUAGACAACUCGCAUGCAAGAUGGAGAAGGACACAACCGUUUACACAAACCCACCAUAUCUACACUAAGCUCUUGCAAUAACUGUACACUGAAAUCAUGGAGAACCCCAACUUGCCAACACUUAACACUGACAUAAAUGUAACGAUGCUCUGUUUUUCUAAAAUUGCUCUGAACUUUUUUUGUAAUCAGACUGCAGGCAUCAAUUAAAGUGAAUGCCAGCUGUGCUGUGAGGUUCUUUUAACAAAUCUGUUUGAAUGAAUAAGGGAGGAAAUAGGAGUUUAUUUUUGUGGCCUGUACAAAAAUGUUUAAACUGUUAUCAUGUACAUUUGCUUAAUAUGUUUUCAUGUCGCCAUAGUGAUCUAAACUCUAACUUACUGAGGUUUUCCAUUUGAACCUCAAAGCUCUAUAGGAAACAACAAUACGGGUAAAAAUAAAAAUCUGGUACACACACAGCACACGCACACACACACCAGGCAGAAAUACCUAUACCUACAGUAAGAACAAGACUUAUGCCAGCAUGAUGCCAUUUUGUUGGCACGGAUUAGUAUCAUGUGUUUGUCUUGUUUUGAACGUUGCUUUCUACCAGUGGACUACCACAAAAAUAAACACAAACAGAAUGAGAACAAAUUUUUGUGGAUUUGCAUUUGCCUGCCUCUGCAUCCAUUUUAGGCAACACUGAUGAGAAGUUUGCAUAAUGUUUUCCUUGCUGCUCUCUUGAAGGACUCGUGCAGUGGUUUUCAAAGUGGGGCCGGAAAGUAUACCAGAGGGCAAGAGUCAGAUAAGGGGACCCCUGGGGGUUCGCAAGAGGGUACUAAGGGUGCUGCAGCAGGUUGAAGGGGAAAGUAUUGCAAAA